CCUGGAGAGAAAAAGACAUUUCCAUUCGCUUGAUGCUUCUAAUAUAUUUGUAUGAUAUAUAAACUUCUGAAAAUGUGUGUACUAGAUAAAGCUCAUAUCUGAGUAACGCGUGUCAGCCGCAAGAUAAAAUGUGCAAGAUAAGGUUUAUGCUGUUGUUCCUGCUGACGUCAGUCCACACAACAACAGGUGCCGAUUAUUUGGACAUUACUGGAGUAAGACUUGUAGAUGGCAAUGGUACAUUUAGCGGACGUGUUGAGAUCAAGGUUGACGGUGUUUGGGGAACAAUCUGUGAUUACGCUUUUGACAUGAACGACGCCGAAGUUAUAUGCAGAACACUGAAUCUGACAGCAACAUCAUUCUUUACGGGAGCACACUAUGGGCUAGGUAAAGGUCCAGUAUUUGCUCAAAGGUUUCAUUGCUAUGGACAUGAAAGUCACCUUAGAGAUUGUCGCUUCGACCCCAAUACUUUUUGUUCUCAUUCACGGGAUAUUGGGGUAAUCUGCACAGAAUGUGGAGAAAUCGACAUCAAAAAUGGAAUCAUUGAGUCAAUAUCAUCAAAUGGUACAGUUCUUACAACCUCUUGUGUAACUGACUACCAGACAAACACACACACAAGUGUAUGCCAAACUAAUGGCAGCUGGUCAAACAACAUUAUAUGUGCAACAUCUGGGUAUCCACUGAACAUUACUGACAUACGGCUUGUCAACGGUAUAGGUCUUACCGAUGGUAUCGUCGAGCUCAAGGUCAAUGGUACCUGGGGACAGAUAUGUCGUAACAGCUUUCAAAGCAGCGAUGCAAUAGUGAUAUGCAAGAUGCUUGGAUUUAAGUAAUGUUUACUAAAACUAUACUUAACUUGUAUAAGGUCAAUUUGGAUUUGUAAUAAGUGAACAGAAAUUAUUUAGUAUGCUUAGAACCAGUGUGUCGCAUGACAUCAAA